GUCAGCCAACUCAGUCAGCACUCUGCCCACUAAGUCCUUCCUCGGAGCCACCCCCAUCCGGCCCCAGAGCUCUGACCCUCCUGGGCUUCCACCCAGACUGGGGAAGGAAGGAAGUCCGAUGGACUUGUGAUGGGAUUUAACAAACUCUUCCGGGGACCUUGAUUCUCAGGAAAGAAUGGCAGUGACCCAACACGGAUGAGGGACCUGGUCGGGCAGCAGCACAGAAGGAGGGACAUUAUACCAACAUAAAGAUCACUGACUGGUGUGAACCUGUCUUAUCAGGCUGGGACAGGAUAUGAGGUGGAGAGAAUCAAGUGGCCACCGAGUGCUCUAUCAAAAAAGAUGCCGUCUCAGCAUCGGUCUGUGUUGGUUUUCCACUGACCCUAUGACUGAAGACAUCCUUGACUUCCAUCUAGUUCAUCCAAUGUUACAUCAUCAGGUUAACAGAUAUGGACAUCUCCACCAGGAUUUGGAGAAUAGUUUCAAUGGGCACUAAAAUUCUGGAUUAGAUUUGUUAACAAAGGUAGAUGGAGUUUAAGGCAAUUGCCCAACAAACUGCUGAAGAAAUUUUAGCUUACAGUCAAGAUAUAUCUGGCUGGAAAGUUGUUAAGUCUUCAUUAAUUUAUUUCUGGAUUUUAUUCCCCUUUGAGAAAAAGAUAACUGUUUCCAAGAAGACUUCUAAAUUAUUCCGCGGAAAUCUAUACCGCAUUGAAGGAAUAAUUCCAGUAUCAACAGCUAAGCUCUCCAAUUUCCUCUACCAACCUGAAAACAGAAUUAAGUGGGAUAAAUUAUUGAAAGCGUACAAUGUGUUACACAAGAUUGAUUCGGACACAUUUAUAUGUCAUACCAUUACGAAUAGUUUUGCCAUGGGCUCCAUUUCCCCUAGAGACUUUAUCGACGUAAUAUACUUCAAACACUAUGAAGGGAAUUUUGACAUUAUCUGUGCUCGCAGUGUGGACUUCCCAGGAUAUCCUCCGACUUCACAUUAUGUCCGUGGCUAUAACUACCCUUCUGGCUAUGUAUGUUCACCUCUCAAAGAAGAAACUUGCACUGUUCAGAUUGUUGCUAACACCUCAUGGGAUGGGGGAUAUGCAGCAUCAGUGGGAUGCUGAGCUCACUAGAGUGAUUGACAGGACCAGAGUCUCCCUGGAGUGCCUUCUUUACUGAUUUUUCCUGGGUGUGCUGCGAUGCUUGCCUGGGCAGUGAUGGAGUUGGACCUUCCUGAGCAUACAGUCUUCAUUUCUACCUUCAGAUGGUUAGAAGAAAAGAGUCUGCACUACUCCACGGACCCACGUUCCCAUAGCCACCCUCAGCCUUCAGCAGCUCAAGGCUGGUUCACUGAAGGAGUGACCACUGGGACCUCUCAGCCUCCAACUAGGUACAUCAUACUGAAUCUUCAGACUGAAAAGAAAGACAGACAUCAAUAGGGAUGAAUGAACCACUCUUCAAUAGUAGUUAAACAAGAGAGGAAUAAGAAAACACCAAAUACUACAAAAUCCACAAAUGAGAGGAAAUGAUAUGCAUUUUUCAAUAAUAACUCUAAAUAUCAGUGGUCUUGAUUUUGCUGUCAAAAGGCACAUACUAGUAUAUUGGAUUAAAUGCUGGAUCUUUUUGUUAUUCUGAGAAACCACCUCACCAUAAAAGAGAAAUGCUACCUUAUUAGCUAUUUUUCUAUCCUUUUGAAAACCCCAUGACUGAAUCAACUUAUAGAUAGAAGGGUUUAUUUGGGCUUAUGAGAAUCCAUCACCAUAUAGCAGAGAAGCGUGGCACCAGGGAGAACCUGCUAGCUGGAGCAGCAACAGAGAGCUCACAUCCUGAACCACCAACAAGAUGCAGAGAGCUCACAGGGAAAGGCACAAGACUUUUAAACCUAAAUCCCACCCCCAAGGACAUAGUUCUUCCAGCAAGGCCACAACUCCUAAACCUAGCCAAACAGUGUCACUAACUGAGGACCAAACAUUCAGAAUGCCAGAGAAUAUAUGGGGGCGGGGGGUGGAUAACUCAUUCAAACUAUCAUUCUUAGAGUUAAAGAAUGGUGGAAAAUGUAAUCCAAGCACAUUAGAACUAGGAAACAAGUAAGCCACUUGUUCUAAUGUCUUAAAAAAUUGAUAUUAAGCCAGAAAUAAUCGUUUCAUAAUGACUUCGUGAAGAAUCCAUCAAGAGCAUGUGGCAGUUCCAAACAGUCGGCAUAGAACAUGGGCAUACCUAAUUUUAUAAAACAAAUACUACUAGAGAUGAUUAACCCUGACACAACAGUAGUGUGUGACUUCAGUACCUUACUUCCAGGCAAAAAGGGGGGGAGGGGCGGGAAGAGUACCUGAAUUAAAUGGCAUAAUAGACCAAAUGAACUUAAAGGUAUUGGCAAAGAAUUUCAUACAAAUACUUAAGAAUGAACAGCUCAUGAAACUCUCUAAAACACACACACACACACACACACACACACACACACACACACACAC